AUGGUGCUGGUCCCGGGCACGGCGCUGAACCAGGCACAGCGGUACCCCCGGCACGGUGCUGGUCCCCGGCACGGCACUGCCCCGGGGCUCCGGCCGCUCCGGGGCUGGCUGAGGGCGAAGGGAGCGGGGACACCACGGGGCGAGUCCCCCAGACUACCCCCGGCCCGGGGUGACCGAGCGGGAGCCACAGACACCGGGACAGCCCGACCGCACCGUGGCUCGCUCCCCUCAGGGGAGAUCUACUCAAGGGGAGAGACCCCGUCCGCCACUGACCCCGCGCUCACGCCCGCCCGGCCGCGCUCCGCUCACCUCCGUCCGCCCUCCUGCAGCCCGCUACCUCCAGCCGCCGCCGACUCCAAGGUGAGGAGCCCCGGGGCGGCUCCUGCCCCCUCCCGCCCCGCGGGCGCGCCUGGGACUCGUAGUCCCCCCGCAGCCCCCGCCGGGCGCGUCCCUGCCGCGGCCUACGAGUCCCAGGAUGCCGCGGGGCCGAGCGCGCCCCCGCCGGUGCGGCCUGCGCGCCGCUGCCCCGCCCGCGCCGCGGCGCCGCCCGGGCCCUGCGCUCGGAGAGAGCCGCGGCUGCACAGGGCCGGGGCAUCGUGGCGAGAGCAGGGUUGGCAGAGUCAUUUAACAUUACCGAGUCCAACCGUGAGCCCAGCAGUGCUCCUGUACCCCGAAACCGCAUCACCCAGGCCAGAUCCUGACGCCUCUUGA